AUGCAUUGGUUGCUGAAUUUAACACCCGCCUUCGUCGUGGACCGCGCAGUGUUCGCAGAGAACUGCAGGAAGAUGCACGAGAAUGCUAGAGACUGGGGAGCAACUUUUAGAGGACACUUGAAGACUCACAAGACAGUCGAAGGAACGAAAUUGCAGUUAGUUUCAGAUGUCGGCAGAACUUCUGCAGUCGUUGUAUCGACACUUAUGGAAGCUUGGGGAGUGGUGCAAGGUGGUCUCGUAGCCGACGGUACAGUCAAAGAUAUUCUGUACGGGCUUCCAGUUGGAUUGAACAAGUUGGAUGAUCUGUCUGCUCUGCAUGCUGAGAUGACAAGAUACGGAGGAACUGUUCGUAUUUUCUUAGAUCAUUUAGAUCAAGUGAAAUUUCUGGAGGAAUACGAGAGGGCGCAAGAGCACCCGAAGAAAUGGUCUGCGUUUAUCAAGAUGAAUGGCGGUACAAAGCGAGCCGGAAUACUUCCAGAGCCCGUGUCUUUCAAAGCAUUCAUGAGGAGGGUGUUUGCGUCUUCGGUAAUUUCGGUGUUUGGAUUUUAUACCCACGCCGGAAACUCGUAUGGAUCAACAUCACUGGAGCAAGCUACAUCAUAUUUAACAGGGGAAGUGCGUCUCACCAAUGAUGCAGCAGCCAUGGCCAUGGAAGUUCUGGCAGAGUCAGAUAACAGAGAGGUCGACAAGCAGCCAUUCGUCCUCUCCGUGGGAUCUACUCCGACUGCUCUUAGCGCAACCGCGGAAGCCAAGCUGAAGAUGACAUCUACACUCAAUGGAACACUGGAGCUCCAUACAGGAAAUUAUACCAUGCUCGAUCUCCAGCAGGUACACACAACCUUGAUCGGCCGUCCACAAAUCUCCCAGAAGGUUUUAGCCACUGUCAUUUCAUACUACCCCGGAAGAGGAAGUGACGGGCGAGACGAAGCCAUGUGUGAUGCUGGUGCCAUAGCUAUGAGUAAAGACACGGGUCGUAUUCCAGGCUUCGGGGAGGUUGUUGGCAGGUCAUGGAAGCUAGGAAGAAUUUCACAGGAGCACGGGACACUGGAACAAGUUACCCCAGACCCAGAGUCAGGUCGCACAAAUCCUACAUUGAAGAUCGGAGAUACUAUCGAGAUUAUUGGGCAGCACGCAUGUUUGAUAGCUGCUGCUUACCCGUGGUACUACAUCAUCGAUUCGGAUGAAGGAGGUGAUAAAGUGGUUGACAUUUGGGUCCCAUGGAAGGGCUGGUAG